CUUUGUCUGUCGAGUUUUGUGCUUUAAAGAGGAGGAGACCGGCUGCUGCUGCUGUUCGUAAGCUUCCUCAAUGACAUUGUAUCGGCAAGUUGCUGGAUAAAAGCCGUGGUGAUGACGAUGCUGUCAGGUUGACAUGUACCAAGUGCGCGCGCCCAAAGCUUGUUAUCACCUCAAGCAAGACGUUGUGGGGCAACUGACAUGUCAAGCUUGUCCGUGAUGCUCAACACGUUUCGACCUUGACCUCGUCAUCUUCCUCGUGCGAGGCUUUCGGGAAUGGACAGGGACUAGUGUCUUGAUGCUACUCCAAACGUGGGACUUCAGACAUCGGACGAACCAGUAUCUUGGCGUGUCGUUGGUGUCACGGAGAAAAGGGUCGAAACCGUGACGGCUGUGGCAAGGACAAGGGCCAUCUGAGAUAUCUUUGGUUUGGUAUGUGAAACGGUUCUGCUGCUGCUCAUCAUCAGUAUCGUACUCGAGGUUGUCGAAGGACUCGAAACAGUCGUCUUCAGUGUCAAGAAUUGCGUCAUUGCCGUUGCCCUAUGCUCUUGUUAGCAGCGCUGUUGUCCUUUUUCUUUCCACUCUUGUUUCUAUUUGUUCUUGUCGUUCCAUCCAACGCAACAAGAACACACUAUCAAAGGCUUGGCCAUCCCAAGCCCUCCAAAUCCCAGCGACAGCGACAAGAAAAACCCACCCUCUUAGAGAGAGGAGGAGGAGGUGUUGCUAAGAAUCGGCUUCACGUCCUCGUCGUCGCUGCUGAUGUCGAUGACCUCGCCAAUGGGCCGCUGCUGGGAAUAGUCACAAAGUCCGGCACUAGGAGCCGGGCGUGUAGCGACUAA